GUGAAAAUCCAUUGCUAAAAUAUGACUUCAAAUAUAUCUCAGCUGCUUGAGAUUGCAAUAUUUUUGCUGGGAUUUUAUUCAGUGAGUUUAGACUUAGCAGCAUGUGCUAACUUUAGUGAAGUCUUCCAGUUCAACUGGGCUCCUCUUCAUAUUAUCUCAGAAGGAGACCAGAUAAAGUUAACUCUGGACAAUAUUUCAGGUUGUGGAUUUGAAUCUAGGAAGAAAUAUUUGUUUGGGCAAGCAAGUGUGCAGAUCAAACUAAUUGAAGGAGACUCAGCUGGAACCGUCACUGCGUUUUAUAUGUCGUCGGAAGGGCCUAAUCAUGACGAACUGGACUUCGAGUUUCUCGGCAAUGUAUCGGGUGAGCCGUACCUUGUUCAAACUAAUAUUUACGUCAAUGGCACCGGCAAUCGAGAGCAAAGACAUGCUCUUUGGUUUGAUCCCACACUUGAUUUCCAUACGUACUCUUUUUUCUGGAAUCGUCAUUGCAUCGUGUUUCUUGUCGAUAGAAUUCCCAUACGGGUUUUCACUAACAAAGAAGAAAACGGUGUGCCGUUUCCAAGAAACCAAGCAAUGAGCAUCCGGGGGUCGGUGUGGAAUGCCGAUGAUUGGGCCACGCAAGGAGGUCGAGUGAAGACCAACUGGACCCAUGCUCCCUUCGUCUCAACGUUUCGUUCUUUCAUCAACGAUGCUUGUGAAAUGUUGUCGGAAACAGAAGAUAUUUGGGCCCAAUGUGGCAAACUCGGCCGGUUCUGGUGGGAUAAGCCAGCCUUCCAUGGGUUAAACAGGCAUAGGAGCCAUCAACUUAAAUGGGUUCGGAGAAGGCAUUUGGUGUAUGACUAUUGUAAAGACACAACCCGAUUCACUGAGUUGCCAAGGGAGUGUAUCGCUUAA